CGGAAGCCGGGGAGGCCUCAGCCCGGAGCGGAAGUAUAUCCGGCCGGGGGGCGGCGUGGUCGUGCGCGGAGUUUCUCCGGCCUGGCGGCGAGGCUACGCUGGCCAGCGGCCCGGGGACGCGGUUCAGCGGCGAGCUUGGCCCGACUCUUCUGGCGGCAGGCGGCAGAGGCUCAACUGACAUGCAAUGAACUGCACACAUUCACAGCAUACACUUGGAUAAAUUUUGGAAGAACCAGGGGAGCCCUUGGCGCUGAAUUCCGAGAAGCCUGUCCUGCCUACCCCCCGGCCCCGCCGUCCUUGGAGGUGUUCUGAGAAGGACCAAGACAAAACAGCCCCAGAGACGGUCUGGGGGAGACCCAGGGGCCCGGUGACCUUCCCAUCGUGAGCGUCCCGCCCGGCCCUCCCCGUGGAGGCCUCGCAGGGGGUGUCCUGAGUGCGCGGCGGAGAUGUCCAACCCCUUCCUGAAGCAGGUCUUCAACAAGGACAAGACCUUCCGGCCCAAGCGCAAGUUCGAGCCGGGCACCCAGCGCUUCGAGCUGCACAAGAAGGCGCAGGCGUCGCUGAAUGCGGGGCUAGACCUGAAGCUGGCCGUGCAGCUGCCCGCCGGCGAGGAGCUCAACGACUGGGUGGCCGUGCACGUGGUGGACUUCUUCAACCGCGUCAACCUCAUCUACGGCACCAUCAGCGACGGCUGCACCGAGCGCUCCUGCCCCGUCAUGUCAGGCGGCCCCAAGUACGAGUACCGCUGGCAGGACGAGCACAGGUUCCGGCGGCCCACGGCGCUGUCGGCCCCCCGGUACAUGGACCUGCUCAUGGACUGGAUCGAGGUGCAGAUCAACAACGAGGACGUCUUCCCCACCAACGUCGGCACGCCGUUCCCCAAGAACUUCCUGCAGGUGGUGAAGAAGAUCCUGUCGCGGCUCUUCCGCGUGUUCGUGCACGUCUACAUCCACCACUUCGACCGCAUCGCGCAGCUGGGCUCCGAGGCACACGUCAACACCUGCUAUAAGCACUUCUACUACUUCGUCACGGAGUUUGGCCUCAUCGACACCAAGGAGCUGGAGCCGCUGAAAGAGAUGACCGCACGGGUGUGCCACUGAGAGCCCCUCGGCCCCGUUGGCACCGAGUCCACACCCGGGGGACAGUCCUACUCGAGGGCCGCGUCUCCAGAACAGGGACCGGUGUUUUCUAGCCCAGCAAAUUCUGCGCUGUCUGGGCUGCGUCCUCUCUCCGAUCCCAAGGUGGCAGCACCCGUGGGUCUGAGCCUCCCUGAGCCCCAGUCUCCUCGGCCAGCACGGGGGAGAUAGAUAGAACUUGAACUCCGUGAUUCCAUGUGUUAUGAGCAACCGGGAAAACCCACUUCGUUUGCAAACCGCUUGCACCUGCCCGGAGGCUGGCCCCACUCGGGUCCGGCUCUUGCACCAGCCCGCCUGCUCGGCCGUGGGUGGCCAGGCCCCCGUCAGCGAGGCUGAGACCCCGCAGUGCCCCCCACUGCGGCCCAGGCCUGGUUCCGAGUGGUACGAGCGCUCGGCUUCCGUCCUCCCCGCGUCCUUCCCCCCCCCGGGCCACUUCCGUCCCGCGGUUCCUCCGGGACCCUUAGGCUCCUGUGCCGGCUUCCCGAGCCCACACCCACAUCCCAGGUGUCCUGGGGCCCCUUCAUGUCGCAUAAAAGAUUGAAUUCGUCUAGUUGCAUUUACGACCACCAUGAGAUGUUACCGAAAGAAAAAAGUUUUUUACCUACAAGGAGUGAUCCCCCUCCCCUCUAGAAAAAUGUCCCCUUUUCGUCGUGAGUAGCAGUACGAUUCUGCCAGGGAACGCCUCUACCCCGGUUUGGGACCUUUGAGUUUCGCCGAAUGUUUAGCCGGACUUGGCCUUGCUUCACACGCCUGCCAGCUUCCUAUCGAAACCCUUUGUCAGCGUGGCCCUCCAUGGCUCCGGGACCAAAUCCCAGCACUGUCUCCCCGCAGAAGCUUGGGGGCCCCGCCCGCUCGCGCCCCACCCGCGCACAGCAUCCUCCGUGGCCUUUCGCCGUGGCGGUCCUGCCCGCCUGGACCACACCAGCUCUGAGUACCUCUGGGUGUCUGGGACGCUCGCGGGGAGACGGGGCCGCCACCCGACACCAACACCCAACAAGUGCAAUUAACGCGACCUGGGCCUCGGACCUUCCCGAAGUUGCCGGGAUCCCGCUCCCGGAGUCCUGGAAAGACUGCAGGAAACCUCCCGGUCGCGUGUAGCUCCUCUUAAAUGCAGAACCACGACCAAACGCCAUAACCACUGUGCCACUCAGGUCACCAGCCAGGUUGGAAAGGUGGCGGGGCUGGAGGCGGGGCUCCCCUGCCCACCCUCCCGUGCCCGUGGAUGUUCCCACAGGACCAUCAGAGUAAAUCAUGUGUCUCCUUACCUGCACCUGCCGGUUGUCAUUUCUAUCUUCCUGGUGGGAGGGCCUGGCAUUGGGACAUGUCCCCAAGUGGCAAAGAAAUCUUAGAUGUCACAGCAGUUUGUGGCCCCCCAGAGUGUUCCAAGUAGAUAAACAGAUGCACAGAAUAUCAGUGGGAUUAGAAUUUCACGGGGUGCAGGGCGGGGCUGAUGAGGGCCACUGUCUGGAAAGCAGGUUGAGAAAGGCGCCCACUCCCUCUCCCGUUUCUGCCUUGUCUCACAUUGCUUUUGGCACUCAGCAAACAUUUUAACUGUUGCCUCUUUGCUACAUAAAGAAGGUUCCAGAAAACUUUGAACCGAGUGGGAACAGACAGAGGGGUGUUUUCUGUCUCAGCCCCGUCCUAACUAUCCUGUGACCUUGACACAUGAGUUUGCCCCAAAAAUCUCUUAUACGUGAGGAAUGGGAAGGGGUUACUUACUCUCAGGGGUCGUGGGGCUGACAGGAUGGUCUUUUGCCAGGCGGGUUGGGGCCUGUGCUCCAGACCUUCCUGCCCCUAGAGGGCGUGCCGUCUCCAUCGGAUGGACAGAGUGACUUGGGGGGACUCCCCAUCACUUGUAAAUACCUUCUAAAGAAGCCGCUGUUUCCUUACCCCUUGAUUUUGCAAAUGCACCACAGAGGUUUCCAGGACCAUUUUAAAGUUUGGGGAGCUGUGAUUCAGAACAACAGACCCCAAAGCCAUCCACAUCCCGGUCCCAGGACUUGUGGAUGUGUCAGCUCACGGGGCAGAGGGGACUUUGCAGGUGGGAUUAAGUUGAGGCCCCUGAGACGGGGAUGACCCUGGAUUUCCUGGGGGGCCCAGCGUCAUCCCAGGGUCCUUAUAAGAGGGAGGCGGGAGGGUCAGAGGCAGAGAGAGACGGGAGAUGCUGCGCUGCUGGCUGUGAGGAUGCAGGAGGGGCCGCGAGCCAGGGAUGCGGCGCCUCUAGAAGCUGGAAAAGGCGGGAACCGAUGCUCCCCUGGAGCCUCCGGAAGGACCGACCCUGCCCACGCCUGCAUUUAGCCCCGUGAGACCCAUUUUGGACUUGUGACCUCCAGUACUUUAAGGGAAUAAAUUUGUAUUAUUUAA